AUGACAUUAGCCGAUACGACUGCCUUGGAGUAUAAUCGUUUGCCCGCUGUAGUUAUUGCCGUUCUAGCCCGUGAUGCUUCUGAUUUUCUACCCACCUCAUUGGCAUGCCUAGCUAAUUUAAAUUACGAUAAAAAAAGGAUUGCUUUCUGGAUAGCAACUGAUAACAACCAAGAUCAAACCGAAGAAAUGCUGGUGGAAUGGAAAAGUCAAGUCGAAUCAGAUUAUCAUCGAGUUGAAAUUAUGACCAGCAAUAACUAUUCAUUGCAGACUGAUCUUUCUCUGCAAUGGACACCAUCAAGAUAUAGACAUUUACUUCAACUUAGGCAACUAGCAUUAGCCGCAGCAUUAAAAUAUUGGGCUGAUUACGUAUUAUUUGUAGAUGCGGACAAUUUUCUAACUGAACCAGACACCCUGAUUGAAUUAAUUAAAUCUAAUAGAACGAUGGUUGCUCCAUUGUUAAUUGAAUCUAGACAUUCCUAUUACUCUAAUUUUUGGUGUGGCGUAGAUGAGCAGGGCUACUAUCGCCGGACAGAAGAUUAUUUACCCACGCUUAAGCGCGAAAGAAAAGGAGUUUUACAAGUAGCCAUGAUCCACUCAACAUUUCUGAUAGAUUUAAAUCGAAAAUCCGUCGAGAAGUUUUCAUUUUAUCCUCCUCAUUCAAGCUAUCAGGGACACAUAGAUGAUUUAUUAAUCUUUUCCUAUAGUGCUAAAAUGGCAGGAAUACCCUUCCACUUAUUAAAUAAUAAAAUUUAUGGUUAUUUGUUCUCUUCGCCACAAGUGCAGGAACUAAUUACAAGGAGAGAAUCUUUUCUGAAUUAUAAAUUAAAUCAACUACUUGAUGGAAUACAAUUUCCAAGAUGGAAUUUAAUCUCUGAUCCUUGUCGGCAAUGGGGAAAAUUGCCCUUCGAUCAGGUUUAUGUCAUUAAUUUACUGCGUCGAAAAGAAAGAAGACAAUAUAUGAAAGCUUUACUAGAUGAAAUUUGUUUAGAUGCUGAAUUUUUCGAAGCCAUCGAUGGCAGACAGUUAAAUGAAGAAAAAAUAGCUAAAUUAGGCAUUCAAAUAUUACCUGGCUACUUAGAUCCCUUUCAUCAACGACCUAUGAAAUAUGGAGAAAUCGGUUGUUUUCUGAGCCAUUACCAACUCUGGAAAAAAGUUAUCCAAUUCAAUUAUUCAUCAAUUCUUAUCCUUGAAGACGACGUUAAGGUAAAAAUGGGCUUCCAUCGCCAACUUAGCCAGGUUAUGCAAGAAGUUCAGUCGCUGUCACUACCAUGGGAUAUUAUCUAUAUUGGUAGGAAAAAAUUACUUAGUGAAGCAGAAAUACCUGUUAAAGGAGCAAAUUAUUUGAUUUGGCCUGAUUAUUCUUAUUGGACGGUGGGUUAUAUCUUGUCUGCUAGUGGUGCAAAGAAAUUAUUAGCAUCACAACCAUUAACUCAUAUGAUGGCUAUCGAUGAAUUUUUACCAAUUAUGUACGACAAGCAUCCUAGAAAAGACUGGAAGGAAAUUUUUCCUGAGCGAAACUUGAUUGCAAUUUCUGCAGAACCACUGCUGAUCGAACCAGCUUUUUACGUUGCGGAUAAAGAUUAUGUAAGCGAUACUGAAGAUUCGUCUAUAGUGGUAGCAGACCAGCAUGACGAGCUCUAG